UCAAAAUGCUUCGGCAUCCGAGUUUCAUCUUUCUAACCGACGAUGGCGUCUCUGCGAAGAGCUCUGCUGCUUCGACUCCACCAAACCCUCAAAUCGCCAUCCAUCGCGACGAACCUGGCCCCAUCCGCAACGAUCCCUCAAAACCUCCCGAUAGCCCAUCUCAACCCGAUUUCUCGCUUCUUUUCAAAUCGCGUAUCGGCCGAUAUCGAUCUCUCAAACGAAGAAAGCAAACGGCGUCUUUUCAACCGGUUGUUAUAUCGAAGCAGGCAGCGGGGAUUACUGGAAUUGGAUUUGAUUUUAGGGAAUUGGGUGCAGGAGCAUAUCCAGACGUUGGAUGAGACGGGAAUUAAAGCACUUGUAGACGUCCUCGAUCUGGAAAAUCCAGACUUGUGGAAGUGGCUCACUGCCCAGGAGCAACCGCCUGAGGCGGUGAAUAGCAACCCGGUAUUUUCUGCCGUCCAUGCCAAGGUUAUGGACAAUCUGAAUAACCACGCUGCCCCUGAGACACGAGCAAAGCCAGGGCAGCCAUGGGUGAGAGGAUGGGAUGAUAAGAGGGGACUAGGCGGGCCGAUCUAUGGGAACCAGUAAACAUGGGAACCCUUCAGAUGUAUUAUAGGUUAUAGAGAUCUCUGCUAGGCCCACAUGCACCUUGAGAUGCAGGCGCUCACAUACGGGUCACAUGUGCAAAAUCCAAAGCCGCACAUACCAAGCAUGCCCCACUGUGUGUGCAGACAUGGGGAAACAACAGGUGCUUCAUGAGCCCAUGCUCAACUUGCACACAUGACCUACCUGAUGAGUGGACUACAUGCCGGAGUGUGCCUGAUGAGCAGCUUGGGUCCCACACAUGUGGCAUUGGGGCAGGGGCCUGUCUAUUGAGGUGCUAGUGGGCUACAUAAAAAAUCAGGUUUAGGAAGAUUUGGUUUGUAAGAGUAAUGAAUAAAAGGGAGUAUCAUGUUUGUUUGAUUAACCUUUAACAUCAGACGAUACAUUCAUGCAUGCUAUGAAAAGUGGAGAAUUAAGUGUCGGCAAUGACCGAUAUUAAUAUUGGAACUGCUGUUGUUUGAUAACUA